AUGCCCUCGGAUGCUGAAUCCCGCAUUAACGUGGCGUUGAACGGCACGGCUAUUCAGUCUUCAAGCGCCUUGCCCAUGGGCAAGGCUGAAAACGCCAUUGAUGGGAACAGCGACCCUGUGUGGGAGCACUACAGCUGCAGCUCUACAGUCAAUCAGGUUAAACCAUGGUGGAGGCUGGAGCUGCCUGGUGUGUACCGGGUGUCAGAGAUCCAGGUCACUAAUAGGAUUGUCAGUAGGGAGAGGCUCGACGGUGUCGAAAUAGCCAUUGGGAAUUCACUGGCGAACAACGGCAACGACAAUCCAAGGUGUGCCAUCAUCAACAAUGACCCAGACUGCCUGACUCAGACUGUCAAGUGUUGGGGAAUGGAAGGAAGGUUUAUCAACCUCCACAAGUCCUCUGAAAUAACAGACGCUUUGACGUUUUGUGAGGUCAAAAUGUACGGAGAGCCUGCUGCACCCUCCAUGAGCAUUCAGGAGAUGGGGAGGAACAUCACUCUGGUGGGUACGCGGCUGUGCUGGUCAGACGCCCUGCUCUACUGCAGAGACUCUCAAUGGGACCUGCUGAGCCUCAUGGGCCCAGAAGACCAGGAGAUGGUUGAUAAGCUGGUGGCUCGCGCCCCCUUCCCACUAACCAGCCACCUCUGGGUGGGCCUGCGCAGGUACUGGCCAGGCCUUAGUGUCUAG